ACAUCUCUGCAUGCGUUGAGCCGAUGAAAAUAGCGGCAAAAGUAGCGAAUGACAGAAGAGGCAAAAAAUCGGGAUCAUAACAAACCACAAACAUCGAGAAAUAUUAAUUAUUGCCGAAAUAAAACUCACAGGUUAUAAGAUGGCCCAAGUUUUAAGAGCCGAGCUGAAUAAUGCUGAUGGAUUCGAGUCUCCAAUCGUCAAUAACGACAACACCAAAAAUCUGUGUUUGGCCUCACCAGUCCCUGAUAUCUGUAAAAAUGACCCCUGCAUGCUGGGAAUUGAUGAAGCCGGUCGAGGUCCAGUGUUGGGACCAAUGGUCUACGGAAUUUGCUACUGUCCGCUUGACUACGAGGCUGAAUUAAAAGUCCUCGGGGCUGUUGACUCCAAAAGUAUUGAUGACAAGAAGAGGGAAGAGAUGUUUGGAAAACUCUGCGAGCAUCCAGAUCAGGUUGGCUGGGCGGUUGAAGUGAUAUCCCCAACAACUAUUUCCAAUGACAUGCUGAGAAGGUCCAAAAUCUCUUUGAACGAGCUUUCACACAACUCUGCCAUUAACCUCGUGAAGCGGGCUCUUGAAGACGGUGUAAAUGUUAAAGAAGUUUAUGUCGACACCGUUGGACCUCCUGAAAAGUACCAGGACAAACUUAGCAAGAUUUUCCCCAAUAUAAAAGUGACUGUGGCCAAGAAAGCAGACGCCAUAUAUCCUGUUGUGAGUGCUGCUAGUAUUUGCGCAAAGGUUUGCCGUGACAAGGCAGUCUCGAACUGGAAAUUCAAAGAAAAUAUUGAAAUUUUUGGAGAUGCCUGGGGCAGCGGAUACCCUGGAGACCCAGCCACAAAGAAGUUUUUGCAAGCAAAUCUGGACCCAGUGUUUGGAUUUCCUCAACUUGUCCGCUUCAGCUGGUCAACUGCUGAGAAAAUCACAGAUGAAAAAUGCGCCCCAUUUGAAUGGAGUGAUGAUGAAGAGGAUGGGGCAGUUGCAAAAACGGCGAGCAUUCAGUCUUUCUUCUCCCCGGCAAAUUCAACCAAACAGAGCAUUCAACUCAGCCACAAGUUUUUCACUGAACGGAAAAUGAAGAGAUGCACAGAUAUGUUCUAAAUCCUGAAUCCACAAGUAUUUUUUCCCUUUUUAAUAAGAAUAAAUUCAAAUUAUGAUA